UCUGUCUGUCACCGCAUACUCAAACAAACAUAUUGACGGGGGAACAACUUCAGCAGCACCGCAAUGGGCGAUAGACUCACUCAAUUGCAGGAUGCUGUGGACCAGCUCGCCCAGCAGUUCGUUGCAAGCUUCCACUUCGUCCACCGACGUCACGAUCUCGAGCUCCUAGGACCCAAUGAUAAAAUCAGAGAGGUCAAACAAGACCCCGAACAGAAGGAGGUCGACCCCCUCCCGCCCGACGAGUUCAAGGAUGGCCUGGCCGAGUUGGCGCGCGACCUGAUCAUCAAGGAGCAGCAGAUCGAGGUCCUCAUAUCGAAUCUACCGGGAUUGGACAGCAGUGAAGCCGACCAGGAGCGCUAUAUCCAGGAACUAGAGGACGAGCUCAAGGUCGCCGAGGCGCAAAGGCAGGACGCGAUCAAGGAGAAGGACCAGAUCCUGACAAAGCUUGACGGGGUCAUCAGGGGCAUUAGGCGGCCGUAAAUCCAGCGGCACCAUGGACUCAGGAGUUUUGCACUUGCACAUUUACGCACGCGGCGUUUUUGGGCGUUGAGAGGGUCGGGGGGUUAAGUUUACGGAUAUCUAUAGUUCGAGCGAUACCCGGUCUGAGAAAAACUAAUUUAAAGAAUACAAAAGACA